AUGUUCAUGUCAAAGUCCAACUCUGUGUCACCCUCGCCGUCUCUGGAGCAAGCCGACGCGGACGCGCUGGACAUCAGCACCAAAGUGCAGCUCUACGGGGUGCUGUGGAAGCGGCCCUUUGGGAGGCCGUCGGCCAAGUGGUCCCGGCGGUUUUUCAUCAUCAAAGAGAGUUUUCUGCUUUACUACUCUGAGAGUGAAAAAAAGAGUUUUGAAACCAAUAAAUAUUUCAACAUACAUCCCAAGGGCGUCAUUCCUCUUGGGGGCUGCCUGGUGGAAGCCAAGGAAGAGCCCAGCAUGCCCUAUGCCAUGAAGAUCUCCCACCAGGACUUCCACGGGAAUAUCUUGCUGGCUGCUGAGUCUGAGUUUGAGCAGAUCCAGUGGCUGGAGAUGCUGCAGGAGUCUGGGAAGGUGACCUGGAAGAAUGCCCAGCUGGGAGAAGCCAUGAUCAAAAGCCUGGAGGCCCAGGGGCUGCAGUUGGCUAAGGAAAAGCAGGAGUAUUUAGACAAACUGAUGGAAGAGACAGAAGAGCUGUGCCUUCAGAGGGAGCAGAGAGAGGAGCUUGAGCGCCUUAACCAAGUGCUGGAGGCCGAGAAACAGCAGUUUGAGGAGGUAGUGCAGGAGCUGAGAAUGGAACAGGAGCAGAUCAAGAGGGAGCUGGAACUGACUGCAAGAUGCCUCAAGGGUGUAGAACAAGAGAAAAAGGAACUGAGGCACUUCACAGAGUCCUUGCAGCAGACGCUGGAGGAACUCUCCAUAGAGAAGAAGAAAACCCUGGAAAUGCUGGAAGAGAAUGAGAACCAGCUGCAGACACCGGCCAGUCAGAGUGAGCAGCCCCCUCCCAGCGGGGGCCUCCACAGCAACCUCAGGCAGAUCGAGGAGAAGAUGCAGCAGCUCUUGGAGGAGAAGCUCCUGGCCGAGAAGCGGAUGAAGGAGAAUGAAGAGCGCUCACGGGCCCUGGAGGAGGAGCGUGAGUUCUACUCCAGCCAGUCCCAGGCGCUUCAGAACUCACUGCAGGAGCUGACUGCGGAGAAGCAGCAGGCCGAGCGGGAGCUCAAGGCUGAGGUCAAGAUCCGCAUGGACCUGGAGAGACGCCUACGGGAGGCAGAGGGGGCCUUGCGGAGCCUGGAACAAGGGCUCAACUCCAAGGUGCGGAAUAAGGAGAAGGAGGAGAGGAUGCGGGCUGACGUGAGCCAUCUGAAAAGGUUCUUUGAGGAGUGCAUCCGGAAUGCCGAGCUGGAGGCCAAGAUGCCGGUGAUCAUGAAGAACUCCGUGUACAUCCACAAGGCCGCCACUCGCCGCAUCAAGAGCUGCCGCUUCCACCGGCGCCGAUCCAGCACCUCCUGGAACGACAUGAAGCCGUCCCAGUCCUUCAUGACCUCGCAGCUGGAGGCCAACAACAUGGAGGAGCUGAAGGAGGUGGCCAAGCGGCUCAGCAGGGACCAGCGCUUCCGGGAAUCCGUCUACCACAUCAUGGCUGGCCAGCCCGGGGCCCCCUCAGCACUUUCCCGGGGUGCAAAGUGA